AUGACAAGCACUGAACUCAACCCACUCGCAAGAACACUCACGGACGUGCUGGACGAAGAGCUGUACCACCAUCGCUUUGCUGCGGAUAAUGGAGGAGUCGAAACAGCUGUUAGUAAUAGUACUCCCAAGACGUGGAAGAACCGGUCCCUAGAAGAUCUGCUGAUGCUUCCGGAACAGUCGUUUAACGGCAUGACGUUGACAGAGGCAAACGACGCCGGAUCGCAGCAAAUAUUCAGCAAAUACGCAGAUCCCUCGCUGACAACUAUGUCGCUCGAAAAACCCGUUUUGGCCACGAAUGGUGGUGCCGCACAUGCUGGAGGCGUAACUCCACAGCAGGCGACCGUUUCUUUAAAUGCGGUCAUGAGCGUUAACCCGUUUUUGACCAGACUACCCAGUCACCCGCAGGACGUGAGGAUUUCGGCCCCUUCACUUUUCCAAGGUGACGAUAUGUUGGACUUAGAAGACGCUUUCUCUCCAGAAUACUACUAUGAUGAUAGUCAAAAAGUGUUCAGCUGGCCCCUACAAGAAUCCACUACGACUUCUCAGGACGCUAUGUCGAUAUUCGAUCGCGAGUUUACCGACGAUCUAAGUGACGAUGAGGAUGACGACGAUGAAGACGGUGACGAAGACGUGGAAGGCUCCCAGUUCAUGAAUGAAUGGCGUCAAGUGACUCCGAUCGAGAGGUCAUCGUCCGAGACUCCUCUGGCAUAUCCUGCAGUGAAAGACGAAGAAUCUCAUAUAUUUGGCGAAAGAAGGCCACCUUCCAGCUUUGUCGACGAUGACAGGCAUGACGUAGCUUUACUUGAUGACGAUGACGACGACGACAGUGAUAGCCAUUCGAGCGAAGAAGAUGAAGACGAAGAGAGUUUUGACGAGGAUAUGAUAUAUCAGGGUAAGCUGCGUAAAUCCAGCGUCAUUGACUCAAGCGACUUCACAGCUCCCUCAAGCACCCGUGUUACCCGGGAAUCGACGCCCGAUGGCGCUGGUAUUUUAUCCAGCCAUCGUGGGCUUGAAGCCAAAAUGGAUCAUACUUCAUCCCCGUCGGUGGCAUCUAUCGCAAGAAGAAGAAAACACUCCAGUAGGCGAAAGUCUUCAUGCUCAGUUGUUCCUGCUCCCAGCAUAAAGAAGAAACUUACUUCAUUAGUUGCAAGCUCGCCAGGAGGAGCUGCUUUGGCGUCAACUCCGGGUCACGGUCAAGAUGUGCAUACAUGUCAGUUGAUAAAUCCCUUGACAAAUCAGCCUUGUCUCAAAAAAUUUUCCAGACCUUACGAUCUUAUAAGGCAUCAGAAAACGAUACAUGCUAGCAAGAAGAAGGUUUUCCGUUGUUUGAUCUGCAUACAAGAACAAGGAGAGGAAGGUUAUCAAAAGACUUUUUCUCGCGGUGAUGCACUGAGCAGACAUGUCAAAGUCAAGCAUGAACUUACAGGCGCUGAGGCUCAAAAGGCUAUACAGUUCGCCAAAGAACAUGUGGAGUUUGCUGCUUCUUGA